CCGCCCCCUGCGUUGCUAAGUCACAGCAACCCCUCAGGGGGCUCCUUCGGUAAAGGAGCUCGAACAUCAGGGGGGAAGUGUACAUGAUGCGUUUAAAGGCGCUUAUUACAUAGAAAUGCGGUUCGCUUAAUUGUCCUAAAGAGAACUCCCCCACGUUGACCGAGCUGCUAGACUAGACUGCUAGACACAGAGUAGUUUUAGCUGUCGGUCAACGAGGCGGAAAUCCAAAGUUUGAUCUCCCUCCUGCUCCUCCUCCUGUGUCGUGCAGUUUUGGGGUCGAUCAUUGAAAGGAGACACACUGAGGGAAGGAGCAGGACGGAUCAUAUGAUAACCAGCCUCAGCGGGCUUCUCAGAUCUAUAGUCCCGACCUGGUUUUAGUGAGUCCCCCCACUGUGCGACAUGGAUCCCAGCUGCCAGGACUGGAUGUCAGCGUUACCCGAGGAGCUGUGGGACGUUCCUCUGACAAACCUGGCCAUACCUGGGAGCCAUGAUGCCAUGAGUUACUGCCUUGACAUAAACUCCCCCCUGGUCAGGUCUGAAUCGGACAUUUUCAGGCUCCUGGAUGGACUUUUCUACUGCUUUACAAGACCUGCCAUUUUUAAAUGGGCUACCACACAGGAUAAGAGCAUCGAGGUGCAGCUUUCAAUGGGGAUUCGGUUCUUUGAUCUCCGCAUUGCACACAAACCCAACGACUCAUCCAGCGACCUGUAUUUCACACACGUCAUAUACACACAUUUAACAGUUUUGGAAACACUGUUCUCUGUUGCCGCCUGGCUAGAGUCUCAUCCAAAAGAGAUUGUUAUCCUUGCUUGCAGCCAUUUUGAGGGAAUGGAUGACAGAUGCCAUGAAUCAUUCAUUUUCUCCUUGAAGAAGCUGUUCGGCUCAAAACUCUGUCCCCGGGAGGAGUCAGUCCUGACCUUAAGGAGUCUCUGGGCGUCUGGUUACCAGGUCAUUCUGUCCUAUGACUCCCAGACUACAGUGAGACAUCAGGAGCUGUGGCCUGACAUCCCCUACUGGUGGGCCAACCAGUGCACAGCACAGGGAGUGAUCAGUUACCUGGACAGGAAAAAAGAUCUGGGGCGUCCAGAGGGCUUCUUCGUCUCCGGCCUGAACCUGACAGCUGAUAAGUACUACAUCACCACGAACCCGAAGCAGUCCCUGCAGACGCUGACUUUCAGUAACUGGGAGCAUUUGAGGAAAUGGCUGGAGGAGCAGAUCCCCGGGUCGGACCCCAAGAGCCUCAACAUCAUCGCAGGAGACUUUGUGGGGCCACUUCCACUCUGCUCUCUGGUCAUUGCACUGAACCAAAAACUUGUACGGAAGAAUGCCCGUCAGAUACAAAAACAUUAUUAGCUGUGAUUUUAUUCCACUGGAGCUGAUGCCAAAAUAGCUGCUAUAUACCUCAUUUUUCCUUUUCUGUAUUUCUGUCCAUUCAUAUGCACUUUUGUCUACAUUUAAAGUUGAAACUGGAAGAAAUAUUUUUACAAAAUCUGCGUUGUGCAGUUCUUACAUUCAUUUAAGGUGUUUUUUUUUAAAUCCCAUAAACAUUCUGUAUGUGUUGAAUCUACAGCCCUAAU